AUGGAGCGCGCUCGCCGACUCGCCAACCGGGCGAUUCUCCGACGCCUGGUUCAUGAGUCCAGGCAGCAGCAGCGCCAUGCAACUUCUUCCUAUUCUUCGCCGGCGUCAUUCAUUCCUGCAAGGUAUUUCUCCUCUCUAUCUCCUUCCGUAUUCCCAAGCACGGCUUCUCGAUCUGCCGAUAUUGGGUUCGGUCUUGGGUACCAGACUCGAUCGAUUUCUGUCGAAGCCUUGAAGCCCAGUGAUACUUUCCCUCGUCGACACAACUCUGCCACCCCGGAUGAACAAAGUCGAAUGGCUGAGUCGUGUGGCUACUCCACCCUGGAUUCCCUUAUCGAUGCCACCGUCCCCAAAUCUAUCCGGAUUCAACCCAUGAAGCUCCCCAAGUUCGACGAGGGCUUGACGGAGAGCCAAAUGAUCGAACACAUGAAGAAAUUGGCUUCCAAGAACAAAAUUCUCAAAUCCUUCAUUGGGAUGGGCUAUUAUAACACCUACGUCCCCAGUGUCAUUCUGAGAAACAUCAUGGAGAAUCCCGGUUGGUAUACCCAGUACACUCCUUACCAGGCCGAGAUAUCCCAGGGGCGUCUUGAAUCCUUGCUCAACUUCCAGACCAUGAUCACGGAUCUUACCGGCCUACCCAUGUCCAAUGCUUCUCUUCUCGACGAAGGAACUGCUGCUGCAGAGGCAAUGGCCAUGUGUAACAACAUCCAGAAGGGAAAUAAGAAGACUUUCGUUAUUGCCAGCAACUGUCACCCGCAAACUAUUGACGUUUGCAAGACUAGAGCCGGUGGAUUCGAUCUCAACGUUGUCACUGCCGAUCUGAAGGAUUUUGAUUACAAAUCCGGUGAUGUCUGUGGUGUUUUAGUUCAGUAUCCCGGCACCGAGGGCGAGGUUUUGGAUUAUGGAGAGUUUGUAAAGAAUGCUCACGCACAUGGUGUCAAAGUUGUUGUGGCGACGGAUCUGUUGUCACUGACAAUGUUGAAGCCCCCUGGUGAAUUCGGGGCUGAUAUUGUCGUUGGGUCGGCUCAGAGAUUUGGUGUUCCAAUGGGGUAUGGAGGUCCUCAUGCUGCAUUCCUUGCUACAUCCCAGGAAUACAAGAGGAUGAUGCCGGGAAGAAUUAUUGGUGUCAGUGUCGAUUCAUCAGGGAAGCCUGCUUUGCGUAUGGCAAUGCAGACCAGGGAGCAGCAUAUCCGGAGAGACAAGGCCACCAGCAACAUCUGCACUGCACAGGCGUUGCUUGCAAAUAUGGCUGCUAUGUAUGCGGUCUAUCAUGGACCAGAAGGACUUAAAACAAUUGCACAGCGAGUCCAUGGACUUGCUGGGACUUUCGCACUUGGGCUGAAGAAACUUGGAACAGUGGAUGUCCAAGGUCUUCCUUUCUUUGACACAGUGAAGAUCAAAUGUGCUGAUUCAAAGGCAACCGCUGAUGCUGCUUACAAGAGUGAGAUAAAUCUUCGGAUUGUGGAUGCAAACACUAUAACUGUGUCAUUUGAUGAAACAACCACCUUAGAAGAUGUGGAUAAACUCUUCCAAGUGUUUGCUUGUGGCAAACCUGUGACAUUCACUGCAGCAUCUCUUACACCAGAGGUUCAGUCUGUCAUCCCACCAGGGCUCGUAAGACAGAGCCCAUAUCUUACCCACCCAAUUUUUAACACGUAUCAUACAGAGCACGAGCUCCUCAGGUACCUUCAUCGACUGCAAUCAAAGGAUCUCUCGCUAUGCCACAGCAUGAUUCCCCUGGGAUCCUGUACAAUGAAAUUGAAUGCAACGGUGGAGAUGAUGCCUGUGACAUGGCCUAGCUUUGCAGACAUUCAUCCCUUUGCCCCUACUGAGCAAGCUCAGGGGUAUCAGGAAAUGUUCAAAGAUUUAGGUGAACUUUUGUGCACCAUCACUGGAUUUGAUUCUUUUUCACUGCAACCAAAUGCUGGUGCUUCUGGGGAGUAUGCUGGGUUGAUGGUUAUUCGUGCAUACCAUAUGGCAAGAGGAGAUCAUCACCGUAAUGUUUGCAUUAUACCUGUCUCGGCACACGGAACCAAUCCUGCAAGUGCAGCUAUGUGUGGAAUGAAAAUUGUUUCUGUUGGAACUGAUGCCAAGGGAAACAUCAAUAUUGAAGAGUUGAGGAAGGCUGCUGAGGCUAAUAAAAACAACCUAGCUGCUCUUAUGGUUACAUAUCCUUCAACUCAUGGAGUGUAUGAAGAAGGCAUUGAUGAGAUAUGCAAGAUAAUUCAUGACAAUGGGGGUCAAGUUUAUAUGGAUGGGGCUAACAUGAAUGCACAGGUAGGACUCACAAGCCCAGGUUGGAUUGGAGCAGAUGUUUGCCAUCUCAAUCUCCACAAAACAUUUUGCAUUCCACAUGGUGGAGGCGGUCCUGGCAUGGGUCCAAUUGGUGUGAAGAAACACUUGGCACCAUUUUUGCCAUCUCAUCCUGUGGUAUCUACGGGUGGUAUACCAGCUCCUGAUAAAUCCCAGCCACUUGGUACCAUUUCUGCUGCACCUUGGGGUUCUGCACUUAUUUUACCAAUUUCCUAUACCUACAUAGCUAUGAUGGGGUCCGGGGGACUCACAGAAGCAUCAAAGAUAGCGAUAUUGAAUGCAAACUACAUGGCAAAGCGUUUGGAGAACCAUUACCCCAUUCUUUUCCGUGGUGUAAAUGGGACAGUUGCUCAUGAAUUCAUCAUUGAUUUAAGAGGUUUCAAGAAUACUGCUGGAAUAGAGCCUGAAGAUGUUGCAAAGAGACUUAUGGAUUAUGGAUUUCAUGGACCAACAAUGUCAUGGCCAGUGCCUGGUACUCUUAUGAUUGAACCAACAGAGAGUGAAAGCAAGGCUGAGUUAGACAGGUUUUGUGAUGCUCUUAUAUCUAUUAGACAAGAAAUUGCUCUGAUUGAGAAUGGGAAGGCUGAUAUUAACAACAAUGUCCUCAAGGGAGCUCCUCAUCCCCCAUCCUUGCUCAUGGCUGAUGCAUGGACAAAACCAUAUUCACGGGAAUAUGCAGCCUUUCCUGCUUCAUGGCUUCGCACUGCCAAGUUCUGGCCUACAACAGGACGUGUUGAUAAUGUCUAUGGUGAUCGCAAUCUCAUCUGCACGCUUCUCCCAGCAUCACAAGUUGUUGAAGAACAAGCUGCAGCCACUGCAUAGUCUUUGGCUUGCUACAUCUGGUUGGAAGUGUUUCGACUAAAUUGGAAUCAACUUCAUAUUUCUUCCUCUUAAAUGUAUAUAAACAGUCCAUAUUUGUGCCAUUCAUGUGCAGCUGCAGCUGCCAACUUUCCAGCUUAAUAUAUCAGCUGCUUCAAAAUUCAUAUACAUUUGUUGCUGGUUGCAACUCAGGUGUUGUAAUUACUUAUCAGUGGCUCACUCUUUAGGAUCUUGCAUCAUAUCAAAUUAUCACUUCUAGUUUGGAAAGGGGUUUUUAAGAUAA